GCUGUGAGAGACGUGCUUUGUCUCUAUUGUGAACAAACCACACGAGGAGAACAACUGCAGGAACAUUAAACAUCCAAAACACUGGAAAUUUAAGCCAGAAACAUCCUUUCUCGUCACACUCGACAAGGCUUUCUGAUCACUGACCGCAACUGGGUGUUGGACAACUGGCACAAAGAAAGAACUGUGGGAUAUCGACUGCUUCCACCAUGGAACCUGCCAGAUCAGAAAUGAGUAUCCUACCCAAUGGGAAAGGCCAUGACCUGGGGGAGGAAAUGUGUGUGCCGAUGAAGACCAUGAUGGAGGAAGAACAAAAUGGUACCCAUCACGACAGAUUUGAAGAUCCUGACAGCACUCUUGCGGAGAACAUUGAGUUCCUGCCCAACAGCGAGAGCAAGAAGCCACGUUUCACAGAUUUUGAUGGGAAGACUUCUUUUGGCAUGUCGGUCUUCAAUUUGGGCAAUGCCAUUAUGGGCAGUGGGAUUCUGGGAUUGGCCUACGCUAUGGCCAAUACUGGCAUAUUGCUGUUUUUGUUCCUCUUGACGGCUGUAGCAGGUCUGUCCUGUUACUCCAUUCACCUCCUGCUCAAGUCCUCUGGUGUUGUGGGAAUCAGAUCAUAUGAGCAGCUGGGAUUCAGGGCCUUCGGGAUGACAGGGAAGAUGGCAGCCGCAAUCGCCAUUACUCUGCAGAACAUUGGAGCCAUGUCCAGCUACUUAUACAUCGUCAAAUCAGAGUUUCCACUGGUCCUGCAGGCGUUUUUGAGGACAGACACUACUUCAGGGGAAUGGUAUCUCAAUGGAAACUACCUGGUGGUGCUGGUGUCCAUCUCCAUCAUCCUGCCAUUAGCUCUAAUGAAACAGUUGGGUUAUCUCGGAUAUUCCAGUGGUUUUUCACUCAGCUGCAUGGUCUUCUUCCUCAGUGCCGUGAUUUAUAAGAAGUUUCAGAUCCUGUGCCCAUUUGAGGAGUUCUCGGCCAAUAGCACGCUCACACAUGCUCAGUCAAACAUCACGGUUGACCACGCCUACCAUAACAGUCAUGUGAUGGAGGACGACUCACACUGCCACCCGCAGAUGUUCACUGUCAACUCACAGACUGCAUACACCAUUCCCAUUCUGGCCUUUGCCUUCGUCUGCCACCCAGAGGUCCUGCCCAUCUACACGGAGCUUCGCAACCCAACACAGAAGAAGAUGCAGCACGUUUCCAACAUUUCCAUUCUGAUCAUGUACACUAUGUACUUUCUUGCUGCUCUGUUCGGAUACCUAACCUUUUACACGAAUGUUGAGCCUGAGCUCCUGCACACGUACAGCAGGAUCGACCCAUAUGACACACUCAUCCUCUGUGUGCGUUUGGCCGUUCUCACCGCCGUCACACUGACUGUGCCCAUCGUUCUGUUCCCAGUGCGGAGAGCCAUUCAGGAGAUGGCCUUUCCUAAUAAGAGCUUCAACUGGAUCCGACACACCGCCAUCGCUGUCGUUCUCCUGACGCUCAUUAACAUGCUGGUCAUCUUCGCUCCCAACAUCCUGGGCAUCUUUGGCAUCAUUGGUGCGACAUCCGCUCCAUGUCUGAUCUUCAUCUUCCCCGCUGUUUUCUACAUCCGCAUCGUACCCAAGGAUAAGGAGCCGAUGCGCUCUACUCCCAAAAUCUUUGCUGCCUGUUUUGCUGGAUUGGGGGUGUUGUUUAUGAUAAUGAGCUUGAGCUUCAUCAUCAUUGAUUGGACAACAGGCAGCGGCAGUGCUCUCGGCGGCCACUAGGGGACAAACUCUAACGAAUGAGUGUGUGUUUGGAUGAGAAUGUGUGGCGUACGUAUGGUAAUGAUUUAUUUGUAUCCGUAUUUGUCUGACACAGAGGAUGCUCUAUCUCGCGGUGGGAAGGGAAGUUGCGGGGGACCCGAAGCAAAAAUCCCAAUUUCCACAGAUGACAAUAAUUCGGAAAGAAGUCCAAUAUGCUAUACUUGUGUCAGUUUGGAAUGAUUACUUUUUUAUUUAUUGAAGGGUUAAUGCAUCCUCACUUAUCCUGUAGAAAUAUGCUUUUAUUGCUCAGAUUUGCUAUACAUUUUUUUUAUUCACUUUCUGUUUUAUCAAUCCAGAGCUUUUACACUUGACACAACCACAAGUACUGUAGAAACACACCACUGUCAAAAGCAAUAAGUUGACUUUACUUAAACUGAGUAAAUCUGUUGUCUUAAAAUGAUUAAAUAUGUGACCAAUGUGUCUAAUUAUUGAAAUUCAUCCAAUAAAAGGUUGUCAGUUUAAUAGUUUCAAAUUACAACAAGUUCACUCACUUUUUAAAGGGAUAGUUUGCAAAACAUUUUACUAAAUUGAUCAUAUUUUACCCAUGUUUACUCUAUUUAUUCGACCUUGUAUGGUUUCUUUUUUCUGCCAAACACUCAAAAGAUAUUUUGAAGAAAGCUGGAAACCUGUAACCAAUAACGUCCAUAGUGGGUGAAACAAAUACUAUAGAAGUCAAUGGUUACAGGUUUCUAUAUAUACAUUGUUUGUGUUUAACAGAAAAAGUAAAGUUAAAAGUGUUAAAAUCAAAUAAAAAAACAAAGUAUUAAAUUAUUAAAAUCAUUACAAUUAUUAAAAUCAAGUAAAAAACAAAUAAAUGUAUUAAAUUCUUACUGAAAUUGUUAAAAAUAUUAAAUUAAAAAUCAAAUAAAAGUAUUAAAUUAUAAUUAAAAUCAUUACAAUUAUUAAAAUCAACUAAAAAAACAAAUAACUAUUACUAAAAUCAUUAAAGUUAUUAAAUUAAAAACAAAUAAAUGUAUUAAAUUAUUACUGAAAUCAUUAAAAGUAUUAAAUUAAAAAUCAAAUAAAAGUAUUAAAUUAUAAUUAAAAUCAUUACAAUUAUUAAAAUCAAAUAAAAAACAAAUAAUUAUUACUAAAAUCAUUAAAAUUAUUAAAUUAAAAACAAAAUAAAAUUAUUAAAUUAUUACUAAAACAUUAAAAUAAAAAGCAAAUCAAAUCAUACUGAAUCUAAUUUAUAAAAAUUGCUAAAUAUAAAAGAACUUUAAUUAAAUUAUGACUGACAAAAUACAUUUUCAAAAACAUAUUAAAUAAUCAUUUAAAAUUUAAGAAAUAAAACGGAAACAAAUAAUUUAUCUAAAUAAAACGGACAAAUUUAAUAUUAUUAAAAGAAAUAUGUAAAAUUAUUAAAUGAAUAAUUAAAUGUAAAAUAAAUGUAUUUAUGCUAAGUUAAAGAAUCAAAAAUAAAAUAUUUUGGGAGAAAUAAAACCUACAAAUGAAAUAUUAAUAAAAACAAUAUAAAAACAUAUUUCAUCACAAUUUGUAAAUGUGUGAGGAGUGUGUAAAUGAUUACAGAAAUUCCAUUUUUGGGUGAACGGUCCCUUUAAGUAAAGUUAGUAAUUGGUUUUUACAGUACGUAAUUAAACUCUUCACUCACAAAAUGACAUUUGCUGUUUGUUCAAACUACUUUAAAAUGAGUUGAAACAACACAAUUCUUUAGGGACAACUUAAUCGUUUUAUGUUCAAUCCACUUGAAUUUAUAAAAACGAAUAAGCUAACUUAACUCCUUCAUGUUGUCGCAACACAAAUCGAUUGCGUAGAACCCACAAAAAAUACUGGGUUCCACAUAAUCCCUUCAUGUCAUCCCAAUGCAAAUCAAUUAAGUUAACUUCAUGUUUUUUUUGCAAUUUUAAGUUAAUUGAACAUAAAACAAUUAAAAAUACAUAAAUUUGUGAUUACAACGAGUACAUAAAACUCAGGAAUCGUGUUGUUUCAGCUCAUUUUAAACUAGUAGUUUGAACAAGCAGCAAACAUUUGAGUGUAGAUUUGUGAAAUGGCAGCAAAUGCAUUGUACAAUAAUAACCUGGACAUCAAAUUUGUACAUCUUUCUAGUAGAAUGACUUGAGUUAAUUUAGUAAACGUGAGUCUGUUGCUCUCCAGUGCGCUUUGGGCAAUCAACUAGUCACAUUUAUUCCUAUUAUUUCAGCAUACUACACUGUAAAAAAACAACACAGUUGACUCAACCUAAAAUGUUAAGGCAACAAACUUCAGGACAUUUUUGAGUUGACUCAACUUUCAACCCAGUUACUUCACUUGACUCGAUUUAAGUUGAGUUGCCUGAUUUUUUUUACAGUGUAGUUUUCAGGUCAAGUGAGAGUGCAUUUUAGGAUACACUAUAAAAAGCUACUGUAUUACUUAAAAAGUUGAGUAAAUCCAUUGCCUUUAAAAGUGACAAGUUGAUUUUACUUACAUAAUGUAAUGUAUUUCUGUUGCAACCUAUAAAAAUUAAGUGAACUUAAUAGUUUUAAGUACGCACAUAGUUCAUUAACUUAAUCAUUUUAAGGCAACUAAUCACUUUUUACAGUGUCCUACACAAUUUCCGUGUGCCAAAACGAAUGAUUUCUAUAAUCAAGCAUAUUUUCUGUUUUAGCAUUCGUGCCUUGACGAGAUUUAACAGCGAAAAGCAUAUUUAUUUCUAUGUAGCGAAUAUAUUUUGCAGUUCACUGGAUGAGUAUUAGUCUAUAUUCUAGUAUUAAUACAAUAAACGUGUCCUUAAUUGUUUUUGUUCACACUGAUACUGCCUGCGUAUGCAAACACUAUACGAUGAUGACAUCGCAAAUCUGUUUUAUCACUUGAAAUAAAUGUAAUCCGCCUUGUGUUAGAAUCCCAUAGUAGAUAUUUAGAAAAAUGCUGACUUCCAUAGUCGUUUUUUUCAUACUAUAGAUGACUAAGCAGCAUUCUUCAAAAUAUCUUCUUUGCUCAUAUUAAAGGGAUAGAUGACCCCAAAAUGAGGUUCCUCGUGGUUUCUGUCUCUGUUGAACACAAAUAUUGGUAUCACUUUAUUUUGAUGGUCCCUUUAAGACAUUUUGUACAUUGCAUCUACAUGCCAACUAAUUCUCAUUAGAUUAUAAGUAGACUGUUAGGUUGGGGUUAGGGUUAGUGUAAGUUGAUAUGUACUUGCAAAGUUUCUUAUAGUCAGUUAAAUGUCUGUUGAAGGUGCAGUAUUAGCAGAUAUUAAGCAGACAGUCUACUAAUACUCAAAUGAGAAUUGAGGCAUGAAGUCGCAAUGCAACUUUUAGUCAACAACAUGUGCAAUAGGGAUCAUCAAAAUAAAGUCUUACCAAGAUAUUUUUGAAGAAUGCUGCUCGGUCAUCUAUAGUAAGAUAAAAAUGACUAUGGAGGUCAGCAUUUUUCUAAAUAUCUACUAUUUGUGUUCAACUGAAAGAAGAAACUCAUACAGGAUCAAACAAGUGAAUGAUGAGCAAAUGAUGGCAGAUUUGUAUUUUUGGGUGUACUGUCUCUUUAAGCGUUUCACCGCAGUGAAGUCGAAGUGAUUGCGUUUGGAAGCUGCUCUCGGAUGGUAUCUCGCAUGGAAACGGUUGUAAAUGUUUUAUUUUUUCACAUCUGUGUGUUUGACAUGUCUUUUCUUGUACUUGUGGACCCUGUUUUGUUAUUAGCAGUAUAGUUUUUAUUUUUUGGUUUUCAGUAUUUGCUCUUGCUCAGUGGUUCAUGUGAUGCUUUCAAAAGCGUAAUGUGUUCAUAUUCUGCCAAAUGAUUAUGCUGUGCAGUCCUAGUGUACAAUAAUAUCAUGUGCCUUAGGUUAGUAGUGGCGGAUAUCGGUUAACACGUGAGCGAACAGCAGUUUUUUUUUUGCCUCACAGACUAACGACCGAUUCAUUUGGAGUAUAUAUAACCUGACCUGACAUUGUAGUGUUGUUUAUACUGUUGACAAAAAACAAACUGAACUUCAUGCUGGAGAUUGAAGUACAAUGUCAGUCUGCAAAUGUCACUACACUGUAAAAAUGAGCAGUUUUGUGCAAUUUGUGAUGCAUGUUUUUUAUUUUUCCCCAUUUAUUUGUGCUUUUGAACUGCAUUAUGGGAGAUUUAUCUAUCUACAAACAACUUUUAACCUUAAAACAUUGGAAAAUGUACUUUGAUAAACAUUUUUAAUAGUUUAAAAUGAUAUAUUGCUUGGGUUGGUGUUGUACACUACCUGACAAAAGUCUUGUUGUCGAUCCCAGUUGUAAGAGCAACAAAUACUAACUUGACUUCUAGUUGAUCAUUUGGAAAAGUGGCAGAAGGUGAAUUUUUCUCAUGAAUCAUCUUUUGAACUGCAUCCCAAUCAUCACAAAUACUGAAGAAGAUCUACUGGAACCCGCAUGGACCCAAGAUUCUCACAGAAAUCAGUCAAGUUUGUUGAAGGAAAAAUCAUGGUUUGGGGUUACAUUCAGUAUGGGGGUGUGUGAGAGAUCUGUGGAUUGUAACAUCAACAGCCAGAGGUAUUAAGACAUUUGUGCUGCCCAUUACAUUACAAACCACAAGAGAGGGCAGAUUCUUUAGCAGGAUAGCGCUCCUCAUACUUCAGCCUCCAUAUCCAAGUUCCUGAAAGCAAAGAAGGUCAAGGUGUUCCAGGAUUGGCCAGCCCAGUCACCAUACAUGAACAUUAUUGAGCAUGUUUGGGGUAGGAUGAAGGUGGAGGCAUUGAAGAUGAAUCCAAAGAAUCUUGAUGAACUCUGGGAGUCCUGCAAGAACGCUUUCUUUGCCAUUCCAGAUGACUUUAUUAAUAAGUGAUUUGAGUCAUUGUAGAGAUGUAUGGAUGCAGUCCUCCAAGCUCAUGAGAGUCAUACACAAUACUCAUUGUGUUUCCACUACACCAUGACUUUAUUUAUAAUCAAUACUGGACAUUAUUUCUGUUAAGUGACAAGACUUUAGUCUAAGCAAAGUCAGACCUUACGGUCCUAAUGAAAUCAUUAGGAAUCAAGGCAUGAUCAUAUUUAGUUUUGGUAAAAUAAGUGUAAUCUAGAGGCCUUUGCCUUUCAUAUAAGCCACUUCUGAUACCAAAUGAUCAACUAGAAGUCAAGUUAUUAUUUGUUGUUUUUAAAACUUGGAUAGGCGACAAGACUUUUGUCAGGGGGUGUAUAUUGCGCUACAAAAACCUUGUAAUAAGCAACUAGUACAUUUUUCUGUUAUUGUACAGAUUAUUUCACAUACAUUUUAUCGUUUCAAACUACUAAAAUGUCAAUAAAAGUCACUUUGUUAAACUGUAAUGUUGAAUAAUCAACAUUAAAAGUCAACAGAGCAGGAAUAAACAUCCCAUAAUGCAAUUUAAAACCGUAAAUAAACUUCGUCACCUUAGAAUUAUAAGGUUCUAUCUGACAUUUUUGUCAAAAUUGAGUUAUUGACAUAUUCUUAUUAAAUGACAACUUAUUUACAUUAUGGGAUGUUUUUUAUAAGUUGUUUACAUUUUAAGACUUUUUGUUCAAAAAACAAAUGUUACACACAUACUGUUCGCUAUAUGGAAUGCAAAAACUUUGAAGCUCAAUAUCUCAAAGUCAUUCCGAACGCGUAUAAAAUCAUUUAGAAUGCAGAUAGAACCUUAAAAUUCCAAGGUGAGGACUUGUUAAUCACAAAAUACACAUAACAGUUAUUGUUUUACAGUGCAUUUAACAUUUAAUGAUGUGUUACAGUAUGCGAAUCUUGCUUUAUGUUCAUGAGACUGAUUCUAAUAUGUAGUUUGUGAAGUAUUAUGCUGUCUAAAUAUUCUAAAGAAAAGUGCCUCGUAUUGCAACCAUCUACCUUAGAUGCUCUGUAGAUACUACCUAUCUUUUUUUGUGUUAUAGGUCUUGGGUAAAUAGACCUCAGACUUUAUUAUUCUAUUUUAUUUUUUAAUCCGUAUUUUUUAAAAUCAUGGUGAAUUCUGAAUUGUAAUUUUAUUAUUAUACUUUAUUUUAAAAAGUAGUUUUAGAUGUAGCCUUGCUGUCUAUAUUUGAUAUUUCCUUCAACCAAAGGUGACGGAGCAUAAAUUAAUCGAUAAUAAUAUUGAUUAUUCUGUAUUGGGAUGUAUAUGGUGUGUAAUGCAAACAAUCUGGUAUAAAUAAUCUGGAAUUUUCCCCUUCAUAGUUUUAUUUACACCUAUUUAAUCAAUUCAGUCGGGUUCAUAUGAUAGAUUGUUUAGUGCAUUCGUAUAUAUUGUAUAUAAAUGUGAACCGCUUUUAUUUGUGAUGCAUAUUUAGCUUGUAUAUUGUAAAUAGCAGAACCACUUUGACAAUAAAAAGCUGUUUUUAAACCUG